AUGAACGCCCAAGAUCCCCUUGGAGAGCCUUUUGCCUUCUGGGAGCUAGUCAAGCCCCAGCGCCCCAGUCCCGAGUGUUCUGACUGUGGCAAGCUCUUUUCGAGUAUGAAAUGGAAGAUUGUGCAACACCUUUGGGCCGAUCAUGGUGUGUCCACUGCCGGCGAAACAAACACCACAAACUUUUGUCACUGGUGUCGCGAGUACUUUGUGAAUCCCCAUCGUUGGGAAGACCAUUGCGCUUCGCACCAUCAAAAGGUCGUGCAACCAAUGGUCGAGAUGGCCCAGUGUUCGGCACCCGGGGAUGAGAACCUAAAAUGGCCGCACCUGAUUGAAUUUGAGUCAAGUGUCUGUUCCAACCGGGGCUCUGCCCGUUUUGCCUCUUCGAGGAGCCAGCUUUGUCAAGUUACUCGGUCGUCAUGCGGCAAUGAAGGCUUUUGUGUCAAAGCUGAUCCAGCGCAAAUCCGCCAAAUCCUGGAGCCGCGCGAGCGACAUUGGGACGCGCACGGGUUCGACCGAGCCCGUAGAAUCAAGGACCUCGCGACGGACCCGACCCUUCCAUACCAGGCCGUCCAGUGGCGUCUUCUUUACAAGGACUACUUCGGAGGCCGGGCAUAA